AUGCCCAUCACUCGGAUGCGCAUGAGACCCUGGCUAGAGAUGCAGAUUAAUUCCAACCAAAUCCCAGGGCUGAUCUGGAUUAAUAAAGAGGAGAUGAUCUUCCAGAUCCCUUGGAAGCAUGCCGCCAAGCAUGGCUGGGACAUCAACAAGGACGCCUGUCUGUUCAGAAGCUGGGCCAUUCACACAGGCCGAUACAAAGCAGGGGAGAAGGAGACGGAUCCUAAGACAUGGAAAGCCAACUUUCGCUGUGCCAUGAACUCGUUGCCAGACAUAGAAGAGGUGAAGGACCAGAGCAGGAACAAGGGCAGCUCAGCUGUGCGAGUGUACCGGAUGCUCCCACCCCUCACCAAGAACCAGAGGAAAGAAAGAAAGUCCAAGUCUGGCCGAGAUGCUAAGAGCAAAGCCAAGAGGAAGUCGUGUGGAGAUUCCAGCCCUGAUACCUUCUCUGAUGGACUCAGCAGCUCCACCCUGCCUGAUGACCAUAGCAGCUACACAGCUCAGGGCUACUUGGGGCAGGACUUGGAGAUGGAGCAAGCAGCCCUGACCUGUGGCUUCUGUUGUCUCCCAGCACUGUCACCAUGUGGCGUCAGUAGCACUCUCCCCGACUGGCGUAUCCCAGUGGAAAUUGUGCCUGAUAGCACUAGUGACCUGUAUAACUUCCAAGUGUCACCCAUGCCCUCUACCUCUGAAGCUGCAACAGAUGAAGAUGAGGAGGGAAAACUACCUGAGGACAUCAUGAAGCUCUUGGAGCAGUCAGAGUGGCAGCAGACAAGUGUGGAUGGGAAGGGGUACCUGCUCAAUGAGCCCGGGGUCCAGCCCACCUCUGUCUAUGGAGACUUCAGCUGCAAGGAGGAGCCUGAAGUUGACAGCGCUGGGGGGGACGUUGGGCUGAGCCUACACCGCGUCUUCACAGAUUUGAAGAACAUGGACUCUACCUGGUUGGACAGCCUGCUGCCCCCAGUCAGGGUGCCCUCCAUCCAGGCCAUUCCUUGUGCACCAUAA